AUGGCUGACGACAUCUCCAAUGCCAGCGUUGCCAAUUCUGGUCAAAACGGUGCUUCCCCUCCUGAUGGAGAUACCGCUGCUCCUGUGCAGUGCCUGGCUCUCUGCGAAGAUCUAGUGGCCGAGUUGACCAGAUUCUUCAGUCUCUGCAACGCAAUCGACGACAUCGCCCAACACAGAGAUGCAUUGAACACAAUCGCAAACACCCACUAUGCAGCUCUCAACAACCACGAGCAAGCAACCAAUGUCGACAUGCACACUAUCGACCUCGACGCUCUGACUACUCUUGAUAACCAUCUCGAAUGGUUCCGUCUCAACAACCUCGCUCUGAGAAACGUUCCUGAGGUUUAUCGUCUAAGUAGCGAUGUCAUUGUUCGCGAGGAGGAGUUGACUGUUCUUGAAAGAAAUAUCAGGGAUAGGUUUGGUGCGGAGUUGACGGAGAAUGCUGAGGCUGAGAUGGUGGUCAAGUUUGAGCAUGUGACGAGGGAUCUGGCUUUUAAUCGUCAUGCUUUGCUUGCUAGAUGCCGUGCUAUUUUGGCUAUUGCACCAGCUGAUCCUGCCAGCUCGUAG